AUGCCACAAAUCUGUAGAUGUGGUCAAGAGGCAAUCAUUUUGGAAGCAAGGGCACCAGGUCCUAAUCAAGGACGCUGGUAUUGGAGAUGUGCAUCCAAUGCUUGUCGAUUCUUUUGCUGGGACGAAUCACCACACCAGUUCAUUCGACACCCAGUUGAAGCAUAUAACUCUGGCAACACCUUAUCAGGAAAACGCUGGGAUUGGGGAAAAGGAUAUACGCCUGCUGCUUUAAGUACUGUGAUUAAUGCAGAAAGCGACUUUAACCCUUUAAAUCGCUCUAAGACAAAAGUCGUAUUCAGUCUUGUGUCUGAUGCAUACAUCACUGUCGAAUUUUCUGAAAAUCCCACAAUUUUACCUGUAAUCAAAAAUAUCGAUCAUAUUUCAUGGAAUGAGCAGUUGUCCAAGUGGGUCAUACCUGCUACUUUGUAUGCAUAUAAAAAGGCUAUAAAGGCUUUACCUGUCAACACGCCAAACCUUCAGAUUGAAAUUGAACCCAUUCCACAACCUAUCAUACACACGCUCCUUGUAAAUCCUAUUCAAAUUAAAAAUGCAUAUAGGGAUGAGGCAGAGCCGUUUGGUGAUGAUGAUAUGAUGGAUAUGGAUGUGAUGAAUCGUUGGAGUAAAUUUGUUGAAUCAGAUAUUUAUUCUCAAUUAAAAGAGUUUCAAAGAGAAGGUGUGAAACGUGCGAUCGAAAGAAAGGGUAGACUGUUGAUAGCCAACGAGAAGGGAAUAGGCAAAGUAGAUGAAGCCUUAGCCAUCGCUGCUGUCUACAGAAAUGAAUGGCCUAUUUUGGUCGUUUGUCCAGAUGUACUAUGUUUAACUUGGAAACAUGCCAUACAACAAUUCUUUGACUUGGAUGAUGAUGAGGUACAGCAUCUUCAGGAAGUAAAAACAAAUACAUUUAAACCACCUACUGUGGUCAAAAGAAAUAAACAGACAACUAUAAAGAGAACUAAAAAGCAAAGGCAGAUCAACAGUCAAAGUAUUGAGGACGAUGAAGAAUACAAUGUAGAAGAAGAAGUAAUAUAUAAGAAUAGCAAACCAGUCCAAUUCUAUGUAGUGAAUCACGAAGUUGCUACUCGACGACGAAACCUACUUAAAGAUGUUAGAUUUAAAAUGGUUAUUUGUGAUGGAGCUCAAUUUGUGAAGGCUAGAGGAAAUAUCCAUACUAAAGCUUUUGUUACUUUCUUGGGUGAUCAUCCUCGACUGAUCAUGCUAUCAGAUACUGCCAGUCACUGCUUACCUGCAGAACUGUUUACUGGCAUACAAGCGGUUGCUCCACAAUUGGUCAAUACCUUUGAUAAGUUUGCCAAGCGAUACUGUGAUCCCAAACAGUAUAUCUUUGGUUGGACAUAUGAUGGUAGAAGAAAUACUGAAGAACUGAACUAUAUAUUGGAAAAGAUAAUCUGGCAUAGUCCAAAGAUGGUUGAUAUAGCAUCACAAUUACCAAGGACUAUUUAUGAAACCAUUACUGCCCACAUUAAGCGAGAAGAAAAAGUGAAUACAGACAUAGACACCACGCUUUCAGUUAUGGAACAAACAAGUAUUUAUAUGGACAUGUAUGCAAAGACAUGGCAAGCGAAAAAGAAGUUUAUAAAAAGUUACUUUGAAUAUAUUUCUCAAAGCUUUAAAGAAAGCAAAAUAGCAAUUGUUCUUUACCAUAAUGAAGGGCUAUCUGAGUUUAAGGAGUACUUCAGUUCAAAAGAGAUAAAGUUUGCAGAUGUAUGCAACUCUGAAACGAUUGAUCAAGAAUGUCAAAACUUCAAUACAACUGUCCGUAUAGCCUUGAUAGACAUGAAACUAUCAGGACUGGAUCCCGGAUGCUUAUGCGCAGCAGAUAUAGUCAUUUGUUGUGAAGUUCCUCUACAAAGAUCAAAAGCCAAACAAAUUGAAAGUUAUUUUGAGAGUGAAGACCGUACAGGUCCGUUAUUUAUAAAAUAUUUAAUGGCACCCAACACAUUGGAUGACAUACAAUGGCCCAUACCAGAUAAUACAAACAACUAUGAAUAA